AUGGAGGUGUACGUGGGAGGGAGUACUCGGAACCGGCGGAGGCAAGAGCCGCGCCACCGCCGCGACACGGGUGAACCUGAAGAGGUUACUUUAUACCACAAGUACCAUAAGUUUGAAUGCCCUGCACCCUCCUGUAGAAUUAAGCUGCUCUCCUUUGGCUCAAGCAUAGAUCUAGACAGAGUGCAAACUAUAAUGGAAUCUAUGGGAUCUAAGUUGUCUCCAGGUGCUCAGCAGCUCAUGGACAUGGUCCGAUGUCAGCAGAAGAACAGUUUACCUCUUGGAGACAAACUUAGUUGGAUCUUGGGGAAAAAUUCCAGCUUUGGAGGUGACCAUGCAAUAGAUGGAUUGCGCAGUGCAGCUGUUCAGUCAUCACCAAGUCACUCAGCCAGUGAACCUUUGCCUGUUAAAAAUCAUUUAACAAGUGAAACAGUGUAUAAAGACUUAAAAAUAAGUCGUGAUCUGAACACAGAGGUACCUGAGAGAGGGAGUACUUUUGACUCUGAAAGACUUGCUGCCCAGCAAAAUGCAGUUGACCUCAGAAAUGAUUUGAAAGUCAUGGGAUCUUUGCAUGUGCAGGAACAAGGGAGUGAAACCCCAAAUGUAGCCAACCCACAGGUGCUUCUUCCUUUCCUUCAAAACUUAUGCAGUCAGGUGAGUCACCUCCGGCUAAAAGAUGGAGAGAGGCAGCUCAGGAAAAGCUCAGUGGCUAAAGAGGAAGGCAUUCAGUGUGUUGGAGUGGAACAACAGCCUAUUUGCUCCUAUUUGGAAAAGAUCAUCUCCAAAAAUAUGGAUCUGAUGGAGAAAAAGCUAAUGGACUACAUUGAUCAGCAAAUCCAGGGUCUUCAGGCACACAUAGACAAUAAAAUGGUUCUCUUGAUGGACUUGGUUCAGAACUCAAAGCCAAACAAAAUUUCACAAGCACACUAUGAUUCUAAUGAAGGGUUUUCCAAUGGAGAGAGAUGAACAGAGAUGGAGGAUUUCAGUGUAAAUAUUUUAAGGGCAAUUACACUUUACAAAGCUUAGUAUUUAUGGAUUGACAGCUGUAAGGAACCUCAGUGUUGUUAACUUGCAUUUUGUUACUGUAAUUCUACCCACUGUUGUACACAGUUGUUAGUUUUAUGAAAGAUCUUAAGAAUGUGUGGGUUUUUUUCCUAAAU